AUGCUUGAGCCACAGCACUCCGGUAUCCCCGAGCUUGGCCUCCCUGUCCUGGAACCAAUGCAGAUCAACAACAUUGUCUUUCGCCAGGGAGACGGAGCUGUCAACGUGCAAGCCAAGUUCAUGCAAGUGAAAGUGCAAGGUCUCUCCAACUACACCACGUCUUAUGUGAACGCCGACCCGCAGGCACUGACACUGUCCGUGGGUCUCAUGGUGCCAGAACUCCGCGUGGCCGGACUCUAUGACCUCAAGGGUCAGGUCAUCGUCUUCCCCGUGACCGGAUCCGGGACCUUCUGGACUAACCUCUACAACAUCGACGCCUCCGGAGUGGGGAAGCUCAGCGUGCAGCAGGGACCGGACGGCCAGGAGCGGCUCCGGGUAUCCGACACUCGCAUCAACUUCAUCCGGGACAUUUCGCUCCACCUCAGCAACCUCUUCAAUGGCGAUCCUCUGCUGGGUGAGACCGUGAACCACUUCCUGAACCAGAACAGCCAAGAGGUCCUUCGCGACGUCAAGCCCGAAGUGUCACGUCAGCUCAACGUCCUCAUCCAGAGAGUGAUGAACGACGCGCUCUCCCAGCUCCCCGUCAGCUCCUUCCUCAUCACGAACUGAGAGAGCUUUUGGGUGCGAGAAGGAAGGAAGAGGGAAGAGAGGGAAGAGAGAAGAGAAGGAAGGGAGGGAAGAGGAGAGGAAGAGGGAGAGGAAGGAGAAAGGGGACACACGAUGAGACUUUCUGGGGGUAAGGAGAAGACUGAAGGGGAAGGAAAGGAGAGGAGAGAAAGAGGAAGAGGAGAGAAAGGAAGGUAGAAGGAAGGGAAAGAAGGGGACGUAAGGGUAGGAAAAGAAAGGAAGGACAAGGAGAAAGAAAAAGGGGAAAAGAAAGGAAGGAAGGACAAGGAGAAGGAAGGGAGACUCUGUGUCUUACUCGCCCUCGACGUCCAUGGCAAGAAUCCUAUUACAUCCUUUUCAAAAGACUGUCACGAAAGGUAGACUCACCUAUCCUUCCAUAGGCGCUUCUACCACGCUUUAAGUAUGAAGACAGCGGAUGUAUUUUUAAACAUCAUGAUCAUAAGUAUGUGUGUGUAUAUAUACGUAUGUAAAUCUAUAUGUAUAGUUACACACAUGCACGCAAAUAUAUCAUACACCGAUUCCAUACAGUAUUCAGAACUGUGUUGUUCAUGCAUCAACCUUUCUUAUGACAAACAAGUAGUUAAAACGUAGAUGAGUAGUUAAGGUCCGUUGUUUUGUUACAAAAAUCUACCUACGGAAAUAAAAUCAAUAAAAAACAGACUGAUGAAUGACUGUGAUAGCUGAAUGUUCUUCCACUUCAAUAAAGAAAAGUUAAAAUCCUAAUUGUGUUAAAACAAAUACAAAAUUUUACGCCUGAUGAAUUGACUUUUCUUGUUCUGACUGCUCGAUGGCUUUAGAAAAAA